AUGAUUGUGCCUGUGCGUUGCUUUUCUUGCGGAAAAGUUAUUGGGAAUAAAUGGGAAAUAUAUCAAAGCAUGUUAGAAACUGAUUACACAGAAGGUGUGGCAAUGGAUGCAAUUGGACUUCAAAGGUACUGUUGUCGUCGUAUGAUUUUGACCCAUACCGAUUUGAUCACGAAACUUCUUCAAUAUAAUCCUCAAGAGAGAAGUCGCGAACAAUUUAGAGCUCAAUAUCGUCAGCAGCCUAAUACUGUAGGUACUGCUGUACCAGUUAGAGGAACUGGUACUAGAUCUCCCGCAAGAACUGGAUAA